AUGCUCCGUACAUUGCAAUCAGCUCGCUCCCUCUCGACAUCUGUGGUCAGAAAGCAGGAUCUUGUACAACAGGCCUUCAUUAAGAAGAUUCGCGAAUAUGCACAGAAGGGUGGAGAUCUUUCCAGUUCAGAUCCUGCCGUUAAGAAGGCCCUCAGUGACGAGCUGAACCGACUUGCUGCCAAGUUCCAGUUAGCUAAUGCUGACGUCGUAGGCAAGCUACCCACCAACUUCGAAACUCCAAAGGUUGACUCAUCUGUGCAACAACUCUUAGAAGGCACCUCGCUCAGCAAAAUGAUAGAGGAUCUGCAGAAGGAAAAGUCUGAUUACAUAGCCGCCAAAGAAGCUAAAAAGGCUGCUGAGGCAGCUCGCCUUGCCGCCCUGAAGCAGUAG